AUGGACGUGAGCGGCGGCGGCCCGGGCGGCGGCGGCGACGCGCGGCAGCCCGAGGACGCCAGGGCGCUGCCGGCGGGCGACGCGGGCCCCGAGGCGGCCAGGAUGGGCGCCGCGCCCUGCCGCCGGGCCCUGCUGCUGUGCCACGGCGUGCGCUACAAGCUGCUGCAGGAGGGCGACAUCCAGGUCUGUGUCAUCCGCCACCCGCGCACCUUCCUCAGCAAGAUCCUCACGUCCAAGUUCCUGAGGCGCUGGGAGCCGCACCACCUCACGCUGGCCGACGGCAGCCUGGCGUCCGCCACGCCCACUGGCUACAUGGAGAACUCCGUGUCCUACAGCGCCAUUGAGGACGUGCAGCUGCUGUCCUGGGAGAACGCCCCGAAGUACUGUUUACAGCUCACCAUUCCCGGGGGAACUGUCCUGCUGCAGGCUGCCAACAGCUACCUACGAGACCAGUGGUUCCAUUCUCUGCAGUGGAAGAAAAAGAUUUACAAGUACAAGAAGGUCCUGAGCAACCCCAGCCGCUGGGAGGUGGUCCUGAAGGAGAUCCGCACUCUGGUGGACAUGGCGCUGACCUCGCCGCUGCAGGAUGACUCCAUCAACCAGGCGCCCCUGGAGAUCGUCUCCAAACUGCUCUCGGAGAACACGAACUUGACUACCCAGGAACACGAGAACAUCAUCGUGGCCAUCGCUCCUUUGCUGGAAAACAACCACCCGCCACCAGACCUCUGUGAAUUCUUCUGCAAGCACUGCAGGGAGCGGCCCCGGUCCAUGGUGGUCAUCGAAGUGUUCACCCCCGUGGUCCAGAGAAUCCUUAAACAUAACAUGGACUUCGGGAAAUGCCCGCGACUGAGGCUCUUCACUCAGGAGUACAUCCUGGCGCUGAACGAGCUCAACGCGGGGAUGGAAGUGGUGAAGAAGUUCAUCCAGAGCAUGCACGGCCCCACUGGGCACUGCCCCCACCCCCGGGUCCUGCCCAACCUGGUGGCCGUGUGCCUGGCCGCCAUCUACUCCUGCUACGAAGAGUUCAUCAACAGCCGCGACAACUCCCCGAGCCUGAAGGAGAUCCGGAACGGCUGCCAGCAGCCCUGCGACCGGAAGCCCACCUUACCCCUGCGCCUUCUGCACCCCAGCCCGGACCUGGUGUCUCAGGAAGCCACGCUGUCGGAGGCGCGGCUCACGUCGGUGGUCGUGGCCUCCAGCGAGAUCCACGUGGAGGUGGAGCACAGCACUGCCAAGCCGGCGCUGACGGCCAGCGCGGGCAACGACAGCGAGCCCAACCUCAUCGACUGCCUCAUGGUCAGCCCCGCCUGCAGCACGCUGAGCAUCGAGCUGGGGCCCCAGGCCGACCGCACGCUCGGCUGCUACGUGGAGAUCCUCAAGCUGCUGUCGGACUAUGACGACUGGAGACCAUCGCUGGCCAGCUUGCUUCAACCCAUUCCAUUCCCCAAAGAAGCCCUCGCACACGAGAAGUUCACCAAGGAACUGAAGUACGUGAUCCAGAGGUUCGCCGAAGACCCCCGACAAGAGGUGCACUCAUGCCUGCUGAGCGUGCGGGCCGGCAAGGACGGCUGGUUCCAGCUCUACAGCCCCGGAGGGGUGGCCUGUGACGACGACGGGGAGCUCUUUGCCAGCAUGGUGCACAUCCUCAUGGGCUCCUGUUACAAGACCAAAAAAUUCCUGCUGUCCCUGGCGGAAAACAAGCUGGGGCCCUGCAUGCUCCUGGCCCUGCGGGGCAACCAGACCAUGGUGGAGAUCCUGUGCCUCAUGCUGGAGUACAACGUCAUCGACAACAACGACACGCAGCUGCAGAUCAUCUCCACGCUGGAGAGCACGGGCGCCGGCAAGCGCAUGUACGAGCAGCUCUGCGACCGGCAGCGGGAGCUGAAGGAGCUGCAAAGGAAAGGCGGGCCCACCAGGCUGACACUGCCCUCCAAGUCCACGGACGCAGACCUGGCGCGUCUGCUGAGCUCUGGCUCCUUCGGAAACCUGGAGAACCUCAGUUUGGCCUUCACCAACGUGACCAGUGCCUGCGCCGAGCAGCUCAUCAAACUGCCUUCCCUCAAGCAGCUCAACCUGUGGUCCACUCAGUUUGGAGACGCCGGCCUGCGGCUCCUGUCGGAACACCUCACCAUGCUCCAGGUGCUGAACCUGUGUGAGACGCCCGUCACGGACGCCGGCCUGCUGGCCCUCAGCUCCAUGAAAAGUCUCUGCAGUUUAAACAUGAACAGCACCAAGCUCUCGGCCGACACCUACGAGGAUCUGAAGGCCAAGCUCCCCAACCUGAAGGAGGUGGACGUGCGCUACACGGAGGCCUGGUGAAGGCGCCACGCAGCUCUGACUCCUAGACGUAGCGCCGGGCCUGGGGGUGCCCCCCGCCAGCGUCCGGCUGUGAGCUAGAUGGGGGAGUCUUUCCGGGGGCAGAGGGCGGAGGGGGGAGGGGGGAGGGGGCCCGUCAGCACGCCCAGCCCCCGCCUA